AAGGUCCAGGGUUUUUAUAAGUGGAUCUGCCAUCUUGGAUAAUUUUUCGCCUCUUUGACGGUAGAAUUCUUGCUUUCUUUCGCGAUCUGUUUCUAGGAUUUCCCAUUUAUUUACUCUGAUAUACAAUCAGAAUAACAAAUAUUUUAAUGCAAAGGAAGCAACUUUUCGACUAAUAAAACAAAAAACAGCGAUUUUCGAAGAUGACUUUUCACACAACACGUUGCGACUAGACCACAAGUUCGGCAUAGAAAGCAUGUUGCCAUGGCUUCAAAAACGGACCAAUCACAAACAGACUGAAUAUUUCAUGCGAUUUUUGGAUGAAAACGUUUCUUUUUGGAUGAAAACGGGGUUUUUUUCACGUUUCUAUUGAAUAUUUCAUGCGAUUUUUGGAUGAAAACGCGUUGCUAAGGCGUUUCUAUGGAGGAAAUUUCACAGCCUUGCUACUUUAAACGCAUUUUUCACGUAUAAAAAAUAAAAAUCAACUAUAAAUUCUAGAACUACAAUAUUUAAAAUACUUAAAAACGCAUUUAAUAAAAAUUUCGAAAAAAUUUUGCAAAAUGACUUUGAAACGGGGGAAUGACCACCCUUCUAAGAGAUUUCUGCGGUUUCUUCGAUAAUUUUUACUGUUCACUGUCACUAUAUACGAUCUUGGCUGUUCAGGUGUUGGUGGUCGUCUGACAAACUCCCAAACUAAGUUGACAGACAUCUGUAUAACUACUGGCGUAUUUCCAUCCGCUUGGAAAGUGGCAAGAAUAACGCUGUUACAUAAGACCGGUGAGAAGUCAGACAAAAACAACUAUCGACCAAUAUCAGUUUUGCCAAUUCUGUCAAAAGUCUUCAAACGUCAUAUUUAUGAUUCUACAUAUUCAUUUUUAAUGAUGUUUUAUAUCAAUUCCAAUCAGGUUUUAGACGUUAUCAUUCAACUGAAACUGCUCUCAUAAAUAUUUAUGAUAGAUUGAUUAACAACCUUGAUAAUAACUCUAUAAAUGGAAUAAUCUUCACUGACUUCAAGAAAGCCUUUGAUCUUGUUGAUCAUAAGAUGUUAAUCAGCAAACUCCAUAUUUAUGGUUUCGAAGAAAUUAGCUUGAAGCUUGUGACUUCGUACCUCACUUCGCCCAAGCAAUGUAACUCUUUAAAUAGUCAACUUUCCUCGUCCCAGUUGUUAACACAUGGUGUGCCACAAGGCUCUAUUCUUGCCCCUUACUAUUUCUAA